UGACUUGUUGUUGUUACAUGAUGAUGAAUUGAUUGAUGAUAGCCUUGAAAUUGAAACAAAUCGAUUCUUUUUAUUUUGUAUUUUUAUUAUAUUUUGGGGGUGUUGUUGUAUGUACCCAAACCCAAUGGUCGAAGGUGACGAUUAUUCUUUCAAAAGACCCGGAGCUGUGCCUUUUAAGUGGGAGGUCCGACCCGGUGUACCCAAAACCCAACCCGGUGAUGAUGAUCACCCUACUCUUCUUCUUCAACCUCCCAAAAGACUUGCUCCUCUCAGAUUAAAACCAUUCCCGCCGUCUGAAUCCAAAAGCCGGCCGGUUUCUCCAUUCGCUCCUCCGUCGUCUUUCAAGCUCAAAUCGCCGCCUUCAGAUUCCGACUCUCAAUGUUCAGGACCUCCGACUCCGUAUUUCCGAUCUUCUCCUCCUCGAGUCGGUGGGUGUUUCUAUCCCAAGUCAUUGUUUGGGUGGAAGAAGAGUAAGAGCAGUGAUAUUAAAAAGACCGGUCAGGAAUCGUCAUCAUCGUCAUCAUCGGAGUUUGAGAAUUUCUAUGAAACGGGAUCAACGUUUUCUCGGUCGGAAGAUUCAAGCCAGGGAUCGGUUUCUUCGAGAUGGGGUUCGCCGAAAUCGUCAUUCUCCUCUCGCCGUGGUUCGCCGCUGAAACGCACUGAUUCCGAUUGUAUGAGAAAAAAUCCAUUUUAAUGAUGGCUCGCUCAGUCUCUCGCCUCGGUUAGCCUUAAAUUUAUUUUAACUUCUUAGAAAAAAAAAAAAAGAAGAUUUUUAGAAUAAUUAUAAAUUUAAUAAAACGGAUUUGAGUUUUUCAUUCGGACAAGAACUAAUGUACAUUUAUAAACGGAACUGUCUGUAUUGUCCAAAAGG